GUCUAUGAAGAAGCUCGACAAUGUGUUGCAACAAAUCGACCAGGAUUGAUUCUGUUUAUUGAUUUUGUUAGUGCAUUCGAUAAGGUAUGGCAUAAAGCAUUACUUGUUAAGUUAGCACGUUUUCAUCAUCCAUCUCGUCUUUGGUUAUGGUUGAGGAGUUGGUUAUCUGAUCGUUCAGCCUAUUGA